CUUAACACAUCCCGAAAACUUGUUAUGGUGCUCUUUUGUCCCAGACAAUGAACUAUCUUUGCAUCUGCGUCAUAAUAGUAGUCUGAGUGCUAUUUGGGGUCUGACAGGAUCUUCGGUGAUGCUAGGAGUGUCCGUUGGAGCACUAUUGACGAACAACUUGGUCGAACGGUUCGGAUUUCGCAAAACCUUUUUGAUCAGCAACGUAGUUGGAGUUAUUGGAAGUGCUGCCGCUGCAUGUAUUGUAUUUGCCCCGUCAUAUGAAAUGUUCAUUAUAGGACGUUUAAUUUUCGGAGUGGGAGCCGGUUUCGGAAGUUCAGCCUGUGUGGUGUACGCUGCCGAGAUCAGCCCAAUAAAAUAUCGCGGUGUGCUGAGCGUCCUCAUCGCCUCUUCACUCAGUUGCGGGAUGUUAGUGGCCGACGUGCUCGGGCUGCCGGCGUUCCUGGGAAAUGACAAUUACUGGAAGCACAUGACUUGGAUACUUCUGUCACCCAAUAUCAUAUUUUUCUUGUUGUACGUGCUGUUACCGGAAAGUCCGCGUUGGCUGGGCCGAAAUGUACGCGGCACUGCAGAAUUACAGCAACUCUUAAAGCGUCUGCGUCAUACGGACAACGUGGACACUGAAGUCGCCAUUAUCGAAAACGAAGUGCAACACGCAAAAAAACUAUCGCAGAAGCGCGUAUCGAUUCUUGGUCUGUUUCGCGAUCCAUUUCUGCGCAGGAAUAUUGCGGUGUGUUUACUGGCUAUCACUGCCCAACGGCUUACUGGGUAUCCCGCAAUUUAUGUCUAUUCAACAGAAAUCUUUCGCACGUGUGGUUUAGCCAAAGAGAUCUCGUCGUAUGGAUCAGUAGCAUUGGCGGGACUUCAAGUUCUGGUGGCCAUCCUUGGUUCACUAUUGUUGGAUAAAGUCGGGCGGCGACCGGUUCUGUUAACCGGUCUAUUCGGUUGUGCCCUUUGUACAGUUGCUAUGGUCAUCUUUGCGGCAUUAUCUGCAUCCAACAUCUGCACUGAGUGCCGUUAUGGAAAUCUAGCAGCGUUGAUGUUCUUCAUGGUUUUCUUCGUUAUUGGACCGGCCAGUGUGCCCUAUCUGCUGCCGGCUGAGAUGUUCGGACUGACAUCGCGACAAUCCGCAUCCGCCUUGGUGCUGGUCGUCAGCCUGGCCUUGUCAACAAUUGUCACGGCGGUCUUUCCUAUUAUGCAGGUGUAUUUGAUGGAGUGGACCUUCGCGAUUUUCAGCGGCAUUACGCUAGUGCUGGCACUUUUCCUUUCGGUUACACUGACCGAAACGAAAGGGGAAUCGUUUCUGGAAAUACAGAAAAAACUCGAGGACAAUUUUUUCGGGAACAAGGGAUCUUUAGCGCCUAGCAGCAAUGACAGUACUAUUGCACAGUCUGUUUGACCGGUUAAUCCUGGAGUUACAUACACAAACAACAGCAACCAGGAUGCCCAACGCUACACGGCGCUCGUGCUUUACCGCCCACGAUAAUUUAAUUGACACAUCAUAAUUUUUACCAUAGAUAUUUACUCUAGGUGAACGCGCCUUCCACCUAUGGUAGUUAUUUCGAUUUUUCUCUUCGAGUUGGAACUUUAAAUCUUCGCUACGAACUUUAAGCGAAUUUGCACAGGGUUUUGUAUAUUCUGUGAACACGCUACUUGUUGCUGUGUACGAUUGGUGGUUAAUUCUUGUUUAGACAAGUUUCUAAUCGAAACGCAACGAUGUACAGUACUCGUACAUAUGCCUAGAGAUGUUUACGUAUAGAUAUGCAUUUUUGCUGGUGGUAUUCUUGGUGGUCAGUUGUUUUAUUUUCGAUGCGCCGGCACAUAUACAAAUUCGGUCGAGCUAGAGUCACGUUAAUGAAAAGUUAUGAAAAUAUGGAAAAAUAGCGUGGCACACUUAUGUACUGUAAUGCAAUCUUCCGCUGCUCGAUAUCGAACCAAGUAAGU